UUAUAAUGAUGAUGACAGGUUUCAGUGAUGAUGGGGUGAUGAUUAUAAUGUUGAUGACAGGUUUAAGUGAUGAUGGGGUGAUGAUUAUAAUGUUGAUGACAGGUUUAAGUGAUGAUGGGGUGAUGAUUAUAAGGACAGGUUUAAGUGAUGAUGGGGUGAUGAUUAUAAUGUUGAUGACAUGUUUAAGUGAUGAUGGGGUGAUGAUUAUAAUGUUGAUGACAGGUUUAAGUGAUGAUGGGGUGAUGAUUAUAAUGUUGAUGACAGGUUUAAGUGAUGAUGGGGUGAUGAUUAUAAUGUUGAUGACAUGUUUAAGUGAUGAUGGGAUGAUGAUUAUAAUGUUGAUGACAGGUUUAAGUGAUGAUGGGAUGAUGAUUAUAAUGUGCAUGACAGGUUUACGUGAUGAUGGGAUGAUGAUUAUAAUGUGGAUGACAGGUUUAAGUGAUGAUGGGAUGAUGAUUAUAAUGUGGGUGACAGGUUUAUGUGAUGAUGAGGGUGAUGGAUAUAAUGAUGAUGGCAGAUUUAAGUGGUGAUAAGGAGGAUGAUCAAGAUUGGUGAAAGUGAUUAGAGUGAUGAUAGAUUAUCGUAAUGGUGAUGAGGAUGAAAAUAGUUUAAAGUGAUGAUGAGGGUGAUGAUUAUAAUGAUAAUGAAGAUGAUGAGAUGAAAUUAGAUUAAAGUGAUGAUUAUGAUGGUGACAGGUCACAGUGAUGAGGAUGAUAUUCAAAAUAAGUUAACAUAACGAUGAUGAUGAUGAUGAUGAUAGUGAUGAUGAUGAGGAGAAGGAUGAUGAAGAUGGCUUAUAUAAAUCCCCGUCUCAGGUUUAGUUGUUGCUCUCGGACAGACUCCCCCUCCGCGCGCUCUGCAGACCAAUAGGACGUCGUGCGCGCGACACGAUGGUUAAGCUCGCGCUGAAGCGGCAGAACGCGCAUCAUCAGUGAGAAGCGGCGGGAUGGAGAAAGAGCCGCGCGCGCGCGCGAGAGAGAGAAACAAAGAGAGAGAGAGGGAUUUUAUUCUGGAGCUCCAUCUAUUGAGGUCUUCCUGACUUGCCUCCAGAUACAGUAGACUGGAAAACUGAUGUCCGUCACUUCCGCACCUGCUGACCAUCCAGUGAUAGACCUUGUGGCCUCUUUCCUGGGCAAGAUGAGCAGAGCUCCGCUGCUGGACUAUGAGCUCCAGUCCGUGGGUCCAGCUGCAGGCUCUGGAGCCACAGCUGGGCUUCCUCUGGCCUCAGACACAGAGCAGAGCACUGCCCUGUGCUUUGUCGGCCUUCUGCUGCUCAUCCUGGUCUUCCUGUUGGUGCGCUGCUUCCGGAUCCUGCUGGACCCUUACAGCAGCAUGCCAGCCUCCACCUGGAGGGAUCACAAAGACCGACUGGAAAGAGGACAGUUUGAAAGUGCUAUGGUGUAAUAUGUAAUAAACAACAGCUGCUAAACUGAAAAAAAAAGUUCAUUCUCGCAGUGGUCAGGCAUGGAGAUCUAAUUCUUAGUGACCUGCCUGUUGAUUUGGGGCAAAUGUUUUAGUGAGACACAAUUAAAGGAGUAGCUUAGUCAAAAAUAUUAAUGUUGCUAGCAGUGAAUGAAAUCUAAUAGUUAGAAUUUAACAUUAUAGAAACGGCAUCAUGCUAGCUGGUAGCUUAAGACACAAUUAGCCACAGUAGCUAGCAUUAUAGACAAUGCAUCAUUGUAAGUGAUGGCUACUAUCUUGUAUUCAGAGCUAACUAGCAUUAUGGAAAUGACAUGAAACUAACUCCUGGCUAAUAGCUUGUAUUCACAGCUAGCCACAGAAGCUAGCAUUGUGGCUACUAUCUUGUAUUCAGAGUUAGCUAGCAUUAUGGAAAUUACAUGAACUAACUUCUGGCUAAUAGCUAUCACAGUUAGCCACCGAAGCUAGCAUUGUGGGAAUUACAUCAUGCCAGUUAACUAAAGUAGCUAGUAUUUUGGAAAUGCCAUUGACUGGUAGCUCCUUGUUUUCAUAGUUAGCGUGUUAGCAUGUUUGGUCAAGCUAUUUCUUUAAAUGAAAGGUGGCUGACAUUGGGGAUUCUCCUGAACCCAUUCUGUUGGAAGUGGUCACUUGUUUGCUUUUUAAUAUGCAAAUGAUAUUCAAACUGUAUUGAAAUCCAUAGGAGGAUACUGAGCCAGAUGGUGUGGCAGACAGAGAUUGUGUACAUAAUUCAGAUAUUAGGUUUCCAGGGUUUUCACCAUUUUCUACAUGUUUAUAUUGAUGUUAAAUCAAACUUUUAUUGCAUAAUAAAUUUAUAAUCCCAAAAAGUUGCAUGUGUGUACUACACAGACUUUCAGUGCAGACUUUACUCCUGUAGUUGUUCGUGGACUUCUAGCUGAUUACCUGAUUAGGGCAUUAUGUACACAUUUUUGGACCUGUUGUACUCAAUGAUGACUUUCGUGACAAACUUCAUUGUCAAAUUGAUUUCCGAAUGUUUCUUUUACUGUAAACUUUAUGGUUUUCCUAUGUAGGCUCUAUGUUUUGUACUGAUUGUUCUUCAGUGUUCUUCAUCACCUGAUGUUGAUCAGUGAUGUUGAUCAUAACCUCAGAUGUUGUGCCUUUACACGUGUCAGAACACUUUAUUUUUUAUACAAGAACUUCUACAGCUCUUUUUAGCACUUUCCUGCUGUUGUAUGGCUAACAAAUGGACUGGUCUGAGUUUCUGCACAUUUGGGCAUUGAACUCUACGUUACAUAGCUGAUUUCAUAAACUUGUGAUGAGUUGGUGGACUUUUCCCUGUGUGUUGUCUCUACAGUAUUUGAUUGAGGAAUUGGUCAGUAAACUUCUUCCUUUGUCACACAUAUUAAUCACUGUAGAUGUCUUUACAAACCACAUACAAAUGCUGACCUUGCUGACCAAUGUCUACCUUGUAGCUAAUCUUUUUCAAAGCACAAUCUGUAUUAGUCAUCCUCUAGCCCAGAGGUGCCCAAACUUUCUGUCUUGGAGGCCAAAUUUUGAUGUUUGCUGUGGGCCGAGGUAAAACAGCCUGCUGGCAAUUUAUUAGCUUUAGGCUUUUGCAAUGCCUUUAAAUUCAGUGAAAAAACGUUCUUCACGUUCUUCAUUAACAGGGUAAAUAGAAAUAGAGGACAGAAUCUCAAAGAUAUAUAUAUAUA